AUGUCGUGGAGUUCCAUUUGCCGUAGUGAGCCCAGAUGCCUGGGCUGCCACCCGUCCCGACGGCCCCCCGGGUGGCUACAGGAGGAGAAAGGCGCGGGGCCAGGAAAGCUGAGGGACGAGAUGGCCGCCUGCGGCAGCUCAGUUAAAAUGCAGCGGAAGCAGCAACCAGUCACGGGGCUGCGGCAGGCAGGGCAGCAAGGUGGCGCUGCCGCCGAGCGCCUAGAGCCUGAGCGCCCAUCAUGGCGGCAAGGGCAAUGGCCGCUGUGGGGAGCGAGCACGCCCCCUCCGCGCGCACACGCUGCCGUGCCGGGCCUCGGGGGCCCGUCACCGGAGCCGCCGCCGCCGCCGCCGCCGCCGCCCGCUCUCCGACCCCCCCUCACGGGCUGUAGCGGAAUUUUCUCUUCAGACACCGCCUUCAAGAUGGCGGCUCCCCCUCCCGACAUCCCCCUCAAUCGUCCCCUGCAGCAGGCGCCGAGCCGCCGCCAUCUUGUCCCCCGUCCCUCCCCCCCUCGCCGAUAUUUACAUAGCGAAAAUCGGCCCGGCCGGCCUGCGGCCUUCACCUCACGCCUGCAGCCUUCGCCUCCUUGCCAGGCCUCGCCCCCGCGCGGUGCCCCCGGCAGGCCGCAGCGCCGACCCGACGCCCCUCCGCCGCCUCCCGGGCCACCGGGCGACCCUCCCCCAACCUCCGCCCGUUCACGGAGCGCGCCUCCGCCGCCGCUCGGGGCAGCCGGGCUCCUCCCCGGGCCUAACUGCGGCCUCCUCGGGGCCUGCUCGGCGCCACGCGCCGCACCGCCCGGCCUAGCGCGGAAGGGCGCCUCGCGGGCCGCCGACCAGGCCGGGACCAGGCCGCUGCGCGCGCGCUAG